GCCAGCUGCUUGUUUGCGGCGAGAAUCGUACUAUGUACCUUUCAGAACUGACCAAGGAUCGUUCCGAGGGAGCCAGAUGGGAAUCGAAACAAGAAUCAGUGGGAUACGCGGACAAGGCGAGCCUGCGUGCCGAGCAAUGGCAAGGUACUGCGGUAGCGUCACCCCGUGCCCUGCCAUGAUGCCUCCCAACUCCACUUUGCUGCAUCUGGCACUACGAUAGUUAUGUACAUGGCCCAUAGGUCGGGCUUCCGUCAGGCAGUCGGCGCAGUAUAACACCCCACCAUCCUCUCACCACCCUUUACGAGCCUGCUCACCCUCCUUCUUUUUUUUCACGAGUACCUCGUCUACCAUUCUCUUCUUCUUAUUUGCGGUUGCAGGCGUGCGAGCUAAUUGUUCCUGACCCUUGGGACCACCCGCCUCCGUCAUCCUUCUUUCUUAUUAUUCCUUUGCCGUCUCACCUCCAGGUUCCAAAAGAACUCCACCGCUCUCCUCGGAUUCUCUAGGCGCCUGGCCCUCCUACCCUCACACCCGGCCUUUUUCCUUUUUCCCCCCAACACCUACCAAAAGAUACACCGCAUUCACGAUGCCUCCACAGCUACUACCAGCAUCCGCGGCAGCAUUUGCCCCAAGGGCCUCGUCCGUCAACGUCGUCCUCGGUUCAGGACGCCCAGAGCAGUGGCUGACAGCAACGUUGAAGAGGAUCAACCGGGUAAAACGUCCCCUCAACAGCGUCAUGCAACACCAGAGAUGCCUGACCGAAACCCUGUCCAACUCGAACGCCAUAUGGACCCUUACCUCUCUGAUGCUGCCCAAGGCUCCGGACUCUGAGUUGAGGAAGGACUCAAACCCCCUCGUCGAGGCCUUAUUCAACUAUCAGCUCCUCCAUGUGGAGGCUUAUGUUGUCCACGUGGAUAUGGUCCUGAGGAACGAGGUUGGGUACAAGCUCACGCCUGACACUAUUGAGUCACUCAUAGAGUAUCACAAGGAGAUACACUGUGUCAACGCCAAGGCCGCCACGCACGACUGGUCGGAGAAGGACCAGCAAUGCAAGAAACUGCACGAGGACUUUGUCCAGGCCGUCAAUAAGUUCGUGUACCGCACGCAUGUGUCAGCGCUCGAGGGUCUCGAAGAGGAGGGAGCCGGCGAGCUUCUCAACGGGAAGAGCGAGGAAGUGAAGAACCAGCUCAUGGGACUCAUGAAGCCUUUAUUGCCCCCGCCACCCAGAAUUGUGGAUGUGAUACGCCAACCCCCUCUGCUUCCGAGCUCACCAGCCAGCGCAGGCUUCUGGUCCCAGCCCACAACACCCUCAAGUGCUCCCGCACCGGUCGAUGCUUGGAGGAUCCUGCCUUCCAGCCCGAGUGUUGUGACAACCUCUGCCGAGUCGGGCAUGCCCGCCAUCUGGGCGAACAUGGGCAUGAGCGAGGCCUCGCUUUCUCCUCAGACCCCGUCUUACAGCCAGCCUUUCUCUUCGGCCGGGUUCUUCUACAGCUCACCAGUCGCGACGGCCCCUAUCCCAUCCAUCUCACAACUGCCCCUGCCUAGCAUGCUCACGCAACAGUGCGGUGUCAGCGUCGGGUACGGUGGCUUCGGAUGGGACCACAACCGCUAUCAGGAGUAUGCGACUACCAUGUGACAACCAUCAACAGCCAGAGGAGACAACCACACCUACCCAGAGGCUACGUCUUCCUAGCCAACGUCUCUCCUAGGACAUCUCGUUCCGAGGAAGCCUCUGGGGGAACCUCCUAUGGGACAUCUCACCAUUGCUCCCUUUGUCGUCACCGAAGAAAAUACCCUCAAAAAAAGACUGGCAUCCGGGCAGAGCUAGAGAGACACCUCACUGAGUUCAUCACAUGUCAAAGGCACAUCGGCGUUUUGCAUACCAAGGAGCAGGUUCGGGUACACAACAACAUUUGUCAUCUCUCUCCACAGGCAUACGGGUUCUUGGGUUUCCUCUGUACAGCGAGCGAGCGUUUGAUUUUCUUUUCUUUUCCCUGUCCGGAGUUUUGAGAUUUUCGGGAUACCAACACCAAACCAAGGCAGCCGCAAGCUCGGUCACACACUCACUCCAUCUCAUCUCCUCGUUGCGACUGGGUCCAGGGUGGAAGUUUGGAAUGCAUUUUCGGGGCGAGGCAGGGACUGUCGCAAUAUAGGGUGGCCUUUGGUAUUCUUUUCUUUGGUUUGGUUGUCCUGUUUUCUUUUCUAUUUCUUCUGUCUCUCACCUAUGCGUCUGACAAUAAGAGGAUCAUGCAGCAAUGCACAACAGCCCGGCAAGAAAGGACCGGGACAGAAAGUCUGGAUUCCUAACUCCUCUUCUCUAUUUGGAUUUUCUCGGCGGCAUAAAAAGGCUCUCUCAGAUGAUACCCCCAUACGCGAUGUGGCCGUUUCGACCGCUUCAACACCACAAUCCUUUGAACCUGGGUUUCCUUUUCUCUUUUUCUCAUGUACGAUUUCACGACCUUGGAUGACAGACACAACCACCACCUAACGAGCUUGGAACCACGACCAUUUCACGAACGAUGACCUGCGCGCCUGGCCUGAGGCUGGGGCCCACGACCUCAUUCGAAACGAAACGGCACGAACCACAUAGCCUGUCUGGGUGGCGGAUGAUUCAAUGCCGACAACUUGAUCACUGGACUGGACUCCGUGGGGACUUGCGGCACUCCAAGGCUGAAGAGGAAAAGACGUCGAGCUGAAAGACAAACAACAAUAUCAGGAAUAUUGCAAGGUCGGAAGCACAAUUUGACACAGGGUGUCGUCGACGCGAGAGACCAGGUGCCCUACCCCUCCUUCCUCUUUGAACCAAAGGGCUGGAGGGCCGGGGGAUGGAAUGCUGUAUGGGGAGGCCGAAAGAGCACGAACAAGAGCCGAGACAAUCAACGGUACUCUGCUGCGCAGGAACGCGAGCAAAGUCCGGCCUGCCCUCUCGGCGCCGCUGCUGAGUACGACUCAUUCUCAACGCCAUCGGAAUGUCGUGGACCUCGUUGAAAUAGGAGACGAGAUCCCAUCUCAGUCCUGCCAGCUCAGGAGGAGAAGGGACAUCCGAUCCGCUUCAAGGGCGCGCCUUUUUGCGCAAGCAGGUCUGCCUGUCCACGACAAGACAGCGGCGAAAGGGCCAGUUUCUGGGCCGAGUCUGGGUUGAAAAGCAAGGCACGAGCAAAGGGAAGGAAAUUGGUAGUUCAUUUCACUACAUGUUACCCUGGGCCGUCCCGGUCACCCCCAAAUGCUGUACGGGUUGAGUGUAAAGUCCUCCUCGGCAGCAGACUUGGGGGGGUUUGCUGGGAUGGGUUCGGGGAACAAGAGCUCACGUGAGGCGACAUGAUUGACCACGGGGGGGCAGGUUUCCCCCCGGCAGGCCAUGUUGUGUUCGCCUCCGUGGAGCAUGAAAUGCUGGUCGUGGUGGGUUUGGGUGUCCCGUCCUGGUGGCGGGGACACGGAGGCGCCAUUUACUUGGUUGGCCUCAUUGCUCCUUUGUCCUUGUCUAGUAGUUAAUUUCAACAAUCGAGCAAAAUUCAAAAAAAAAAUCUCAAUCCCUAGGUAUUCAUUCCCCAGUGCAUGUCGAAGCGCGACGCAGCAGGGCCAAGACUUGUCAGGGCGAGGGUGGGAUUGUCACCUGAAUCUGAUGUAGGCUGCACCGGCACUGGCUAGCAAUUGGCUUCAAUUUCACACGACUACUCAAACUAUGGCCGGGUACGGAGUACAUUCUCGAGGGCAACUGGCUUGGUGAGCCGUUGAUGUAACUCUAGGACGGGCACUGGGCCUGCGCAGGCAGUAGUUAAUGCAGGACGCCAGGAAUCCGAAAUGACCUUUGUUGCCCUGACGCGGGCGCGGUGCGACAGAGGCGUGCAAGGUUUGGGGUCGGAUGGAAUUUCCUAGGAUGAAGUUUGCUAGGACGAUCUCGGGCUCGGACCUUGCACCCUGUGAUAGCCGCAGACCCGUCAGUGUCCUCCCCGGGUAAAAUGAUUGACAAUAUUGCUUAUGCCGUGCAGUAGUUUGAGCUUGAGGUCAGAGUCGACGUCCAAGGAUCGCGGGAUGGCAAUCGACGGCAUAUGCUUUGGCGGCGGGGCUGAUUUGCCUGUCAGACGGGCCUGGGGGCAACGGGCCAUGGACCACGGGCGUCAGGAAUGCCACCACACGAUGUGGGAAGGACAAGACAAGAGCAAAAAAAAGACAGGGACUGGCAUGGUACGGUAUACGAUGUUCUUGGAGAUCUGUGGGGGGGGGUGGGAAGCCCUCGUCCCCGCGCUCCCGUGCUUCCUUUGGCCGUGCAACCCUCGUACUGGCAGGGGCGGGUUCGUCUACACAGAUGAUGCUGCCACGACCUGUCUUCUUGUCGGCUUGGAAGGCAGCAGCAGCAAGGUCGUGGUCAGCAGGCCCGAGGGAGCAAGAAGGACGGCCUCGAGAACAUGGCCUGAGGCCGUCAAUGGCCGCCCGUCAGCUCGCAAUUGGACCAGUCGGGAGGCCGAGUGGUGUCCUCGUGCGUCGAUCAAUCUGGGGUCCGCCAUGAGGCUCCCACAAGACAAUUCUCCUUGCUGCUCGAGGGCCCCGCUGCCCCCGCUGGCCCGGGCGUGUGCCCUGGCUCGGCGGUGGUACCAGUACGGGACCGAUAAUGGUCAAACGAGAGCCAGCAGUCUGCGCAGGGCGACAAGGUUGGGGCUAAGGCGAGAGGACGAGUCGCGGAUGUGACGACGGUUGCGGCGUUGC